AUGGCGGUGAUUCUUCCCUUAAACCACGAGAUUUCUCAUCUCCACUCCGAAAAAGAGCCAUCGGACACCAUCAAGGACGAGGAUUACAAAGAGAAUGGAGUUUUGAUUAAGAACUCCGGGUCCACUCGCGACCUUUCCGGGGAGGGCAACACGUCUCCCUCCAGCAGCCUAGAGAAGGGGGAAGCUGGUCAAAUAUCCAAUGGUUACUCGGCCGUCCAGAGCCCGGUGGGAUGUAACGGAGGGAGCGAUGGGGACGGGGCUUGCCCCUUGCCAUUGGCCGCCUGUCAGCUGCAGGAGCUGAGCAAGUCCACGGUCCGAGAAACCUGGAGCGAUAAAACCGACUUCAUGCUCUCGGUCAUCGGGUAUGCGGUGGACCUGGGGAACGUGUGGCGUUUCCCGUACAUCGCGUACCAAAACGGCGGCGGGGCCUUCCUCAUUCCGUAUCUGCUGAUGGCUGUGUUUGGAGGCAUCCCACUCUUUUACAUGGAGUUGGCACUGGGACAGUACCACAAAAAUGGAGCAAUUUCUAUUUGGAGGAAAAUAUGCCCAAUUUUCAAAGGGAUUGGAUAUGCAAUCUGUAUAGUAGCUCUAUUUGUUUCCUUUUACUACAAUACCAUUAUGGCCUGGGCUCUGUACUACCUCUACUCAUCACUUACUUCUGAGCUCCCAUGGACCAGCUGUAACAAUGCAUGGAAUACUCAGAACUGUACCAACUACUUCCUAAAGGAUAACAUCACCUGGACAAAGUACUCCACCUCUCCUGCAGAAGAAUUUUAUAUUCGCCAAGUACUUCAAGUUCACAAAUCACACGGACUGGAAGACCUGGGCGGUAUCAGUUGGCAUUUAGCAAUUUGCCUGCUCUUUAUAUUUGUCGUGGUGUAUUUCAGUAUUUGGAAAGGUGUAAAGACUUCUGGAAAGGUUGUAUGGGUAACAGCUACCCUCCCCUAUCUCGUCCUGUUUAUUCUCUUGAUACGGGGAGCCACUUUGCCUGGUGCAUGGCGAGGACUCCUCUUCUAUCUUAAACCUGAAUGGAACAAACUGCUUACCACCCAGGUAUGGGUGGAUGCUGCUGCCCAGAUUUUCUUUUCACUUGGCCCUGGAUUUGGUGUCCUCUUGGCAUUUGCCAGCUACAACAAAUUCAACAACAACUGUUACAAGGAUGCUUUGGUCAUCAGCACUGUGAACUGCUUGACCAGUUUCAUGUCUGGCUGUGUAAUGUUUACUGUCCUUGGCUAUAUGGCAGAAAUGAGGAAUGAAGAGGUAGCAGAUGUGGCCAAAGACACUGGCCCCAGUCUGCUUUUCAUUACUUAUGCAGAGGCAAUAACCAAUAUGCCGGCAUCCACAUUUUUCGCUAUAAUAUUUUUCAUAAUGCUGAUCACACUGGGUUUGGACAGUACAUUUGCAGGCCUAGAAGGAGUGAUAACGGCAGUACUAGAUGAAUAUUCAGAUUUACUUCGAAAACAUCGUGAAUGGUUUGUGCUCGGCCUGAUCAUAGUCUGCUACCUGGGAGCUUUGAGCACCCUUACAUAUGGUGGGGCAUACGUGGUGAAAUUUUUUGAAGAAUAUGCCACUGGAGCUGCUAUCAUUACCGUUGUGUUUCUUGAAUCGAUAGCAGUGUCUUGGUUUUACGGAAUGAAACGUUUCUGCAGAGAUGUUAAGGAAAUGCUUGGUUUCAGCCCCGGUUGGUUCUGGCAGAUUUGCUGGGUUGCGAUUAGUCCAAUUUUCCUGCUGUUCAUCAUUGCCAGUUUCCUGUCAGCUCCUCUAGACCUUAAGCUGUUUGAUUAUACAUACCCUUAUUGGACUGCAGUAGUUGGCUACUGCAUUGGAACUUCAUCAUUUAUCUGUGUUCCAUCCUACAUGGUUUACAAAAUUAUAAUUACUCCUGGAACAUUUAAACAGAGGGUUUUGAGAAGCAUCACCCCAGAAGUUGAAGAAAACGAAACUCCUAAUUCUGGUGUCCACCUGAAUUCUGUUUGAUACAGCCAAAAUGAGUGUCCUUAACUUCUUGGACUGACUGCUCAGAUCAGCC